AUGAUGGGAAAUGGAGUAUGCGAUUGGGCCUGCAUGAACUAUUAUUGCCAAUAUGAUGGUGGGGACUGCUGAAAUUCCUCCUGUAGCCCUGGAUGCACUGGAUAUUUAUUGACAAAUUAUAUAUGUGAUUCUGCCUGCAAUACACCUAGUUGUUAUUACGAUAAUAGUGACUGUUUGUGUGCUGCUGGAUGCUAUCCAGAUUUAUUAGAAAAUAACUCUUGUGACCUUGUUUGCUCAACAAAAAAAUGUAAUUUUGACAAUUAUCUAUGUGGAGAUUGCGCAACUGGCUGUUUUGAUUAUAUGAUAAAUGAUGGGAUUUGUAAUGAUGAGUGCUAUAAUGAAGGCUGUGGAUAUGAUGGAAAUGACUGUCCAUCUUGUGCUCCUGGCUGCUUUAAUUCUGAUCUUGGAUCAUGCAAGCCUGAGUGCAUGGUUUUAGACUGCAGCUUUGAUAUGGAUUGCUUAGAUAGAGAUAUGCGUUUAUCAUCAUAUUCCUCUCAAAUUGCUAUGCGAGAUUGAAACUAUCCUGUAAAUACUCCAAAUUCUUGCUAUGCAAAUCAUGGCUGCAGCUUAAAUUAUAAUAAUUUUGCAAAAAAUUGUUCACUAUCAUGCGAUUAUGCAGACUGCUUUUAUGAUUAUUUUCUAUGCUGAUCAAGUACUUGUGAUGAUCCAAAUUGUAUGUACUGUGACUAUUCAAAUCGAGAAAUUUGCUAUCAAUGCUAUAAUAUGCAAUUUUAUACUGAUUGCGUUGAUAGCUGUCCAAGAUAUUAUUAUACAAGAGCUUUUGACUGAUAUGGAGUUAUUUGUGCGCCAGCUCCAGAUGAAUCUACAGAAGAGGUUCCAGAUGAAAGCUUUGUAAGUGCUGAUAAUGCAGAUCAAGGAGAUGGCUCAAUAAAUUUUCCAUAUAAUUCGUUAUCUUAUGGGCUUGCACAAUUAAAAUGAAAAUAUUCAGUGAUUUAUUUAAUGAAAGGCACUCAUAAUUUAACAUUAGUUAUAGAUGAUGAGUACCUAUGGGAAGCAACAACUUCAAGGCCGCUAUACAGAAUAUCUACUAAAUUAGCUGAAGUUACUGCUAAGCCUUUAUACUGUUCAAUAUAUAAUCAUCCAGAUUGCGUUAAUGAUGGGGAGAGUAUAACUAUUUUGGUUGAUACUCGCCCAAUGACAAUUGAUAUACUAGCAAAUGUUACUUUUGAAAAUAUUAUUUUUGAUGGAAGCACAAAGUUCAGUCCUUUUUGCACUGACUGCGACUAUUGUAAAAUCGCAACAAGCAGUAAUGGUGUAGUUGCUGAUGACCAUGGAAAUACUCUGAGUUCAAGUUCUUAUGUCCCUCAAUCAAUUUGCGAUCAAUUCCAUAAUACAAAUUUCUUUGAAAUUAGUUCGAAUGGAAUUUUAAAUUUGCAUGUAAUUUUUACUUACUUCUCCCCCUCUAUCAGCGAACAAAACCCACCCUCCGUAAGCGAACAAACAUUUUUAGGGAAAUAUAUAAGUGAUAAUUAUUAUAAUAAAAUCUCUAGCUAAUUCGGCUUAAUUUUAAAAAAAAUUGCGUUUUAAAACAUAAAUUUUACAAAUUAAAUUAAUAUUUGCUUUCCAAUUUUUGAGAAGUGGGAUUAUUUUAAAUUUCGAAAAAAAUUAACCCACCUCUGUGAGCGAACAAGUUUUUUUUGCUCACGACGAGGGAGUUAGAAUGCGGAAAUUAAUAAUUUCAGGCAGCAGUACAAAUCAAUUAUUACUAUUAAAGGUGGGAUUUUGGAUAUGAACUCUGUUACUUUUUACAAUAUAAUGAGCAAGCCUGGCAGCGGAGUUAUUUUAUCUAAUGCUUGCAGCAAUAGCUAUUGUGGAGAAAUCCACUUUAUUAAUAGCUCAGUAUCUUUACUUAAUAAUGGCUAUGAAGUUAAUGGCGCGAUUGAUUUGGCUGGCUUUAUGGUCCUAAAUCAAAUAAAGUAUGUUGAAAUGGAAGAUGUCGAAAUCGAAUAUAAUUUAGUGAACAGCAUUGAUGUAGAAUCUUCAACAAAAGCUAUGUUCACUUUCAAUGAUAUUUUGAAUUUAACGGUUUUAAAUUCAGUUUUUCAAUACAACUUUAAUUAUGAUGCUUUUUUCUUUAUCAACCAAUAUAAACUGAGCAUGCCUCUUGAAAUUGAUGAUGAGAAAAAACUGAUAUAUGAAAAUUUAAUUAAUAUUCGCAUUGAAAAUACCCUUUUCCAAAACAACAGCGCUAUUACAACAACAACUUUUAUAAUCCAGUUUAAUAGAGGUCUUCAAAAUAUCUUGAUAAAUAACUGCACUUUUCUUAAUAAUUUUUCAGAAGAUUCUGGAAUCAUUGACAUUUCAUACAAGGGUAAGAUAUCUCAAGAGUACAUUAGUGGAGAUUCAAGAGUCACUACAUUGGAUUCAGGUCAAAAAAUAAUAGCUAAUUUUCCUGCUCGAAACAUAACACUUAAGAACUUGAAUUUCACAAAAAAUACAUUUGGAGGAUCAGGUAUCUCUUUAUCGAACUUGCCCGAUCUUUAUAUUUUAAACUCAACUUGAAAUGGAAACGGAGACAAUUUAAACGAAGACGCCAACACUGUGACUAUUGACUAUAUGAAAAGCUUAGGCUAUCUCUAUAUAAACUCAUCAGUAGUGUCGACUUUACCAAGUUGCAAAUCAGUCAUUUCAACAACAAGCAUAAAUAAUUUUAUUUUUCACUGCAACACGAUCUCUCAAAAUUACUGUACUCAAAAUAAUGCAGGACUAGCUUUAACAAACUGUUUAAAUCAAACUAUUCUACGAAAUUCUGUAUUUUCUGAGAAUAAGUCAAGUGGAAAUAGCAUUGCUUUGGCUGCAACUAUGUCCUCAGCACUGGUUUUGAAGAACUUGACAUUUAAAAAUAACUAUUUUUAUAACGGUGUUCGGAGCUCAGUCGUAACAUUGAGCUCUUCUACAUCUACAAGUAAUUUUACACUCAUUAACUGUAAUUUCAUUGGUGGAGAAACGCCUAUUUCAGCUAGUUCAGUCCAAAAUAUAACAUUGGAAAAUACAACUAUAGAAUCAUUAUCAAACUCAUUUUAUAGCACAUUGAUUUUUUCAGGUAGAGAUAGUAUAAAAUCAAGGAUUUCAAUGAAAAAUUGCACAAUAAAAAAUAAUAAUCCUAAGCUAGGGCAUAUCUCUAUUUCAUCAUUAUCAACUCAAUCAUAUAUUUUGUUAAGAAUGAGUAAUAUGACUUUUUCAAAUAAUGGGGGAAGUCAAAGUAUUAUUUUCGUUGAUAAAUCAGUUAUCCUGGACCCUUCUAGUCAAAUUCUAUAUUCAAAUUUUAACAAUAACAACGUCACUUCUAUCUAUGCUAGACACCUAUCUGGGAUUCUUUCAGUAAUCUCAUGCGUUUUUGAUUCAAAUUCUGCCGGUUAUGCCGUAGUUUUGAAUUUAGAUCAUGCAGCCCCUGCUGAAACACAUUUAUCUGAUUGCUCAAUAACCUCCAAUAGGGGUAGUAAUAUUUUGUAUAUUAACGGAAACUCUGCUAUCACUAAAAUAGCUACCUCGAAUCUAUAUUUUUUUAAUAACACUGGUAAUGCAGUUUUUAUUGCUAACUCCCCCCAUUGCGAAUAAAGCAUUGGAAAAUCGCUAUUUUUUGCCCAAAAACACCCUCCAUGAGCGAACAAAUUUUUUAUGAAAAAAAAUUUUGAUAUAUAAGUGAUAAUUAGUAUAAUGAAAUCUCUAGCUAAUUCUGUUUAAUUUUAUACAGCUUGUAUUUUAAACAUAAUUUUUACAGAUUAAUAAAUAUUUGUUUAAAAUUUUUGCGAAUUGAGAUUUUUUUAAUUUCGAAAACAAAUUUACUCUAAAAUUUAUAUAUAAAUUUUUAAAAAAAAAAUUAAUCCACUCCUUAAGCGAACAAAAAUUUUUGUUUGCCUACGGAGGGGGGAGUAAAGGAAACUGAGUUGAUCAAAAUUCAAAUUUUUAUCAAAAUUCAGCUUCACAAGGAGGAUCAGCAAUAAUUAAAGAUGAAUCGGGAGCAAGUUUAGAAGGCACGAUUUUUAAGAAUAAUUCUGCAACUUCUGAUGGAGGAGCUAUUUAUGUUUCAGGGGCCUCAAAUAUAACAUGCAAUAACUGCAAAAUUGUUAAAAACACUUCGAAACAUAAUGGCGGAGGACUUGCAGUCGACCAAAGCUCUAUUUUUAUUUUUAACAAUUCAGUUUUUUCUGAGAACAAAUGUGAUAUGAGAGGUUCAGCCAUUUCUAUUCUUGGCUCAGAAUCUUCAUACUCCUAUCUUAUAAAUACAGAAAUAUUAUACAAUAUCGCAGGAUCUAUGGCUGCUAUUUCAUCAGACAGCGGAUUGUUUUCUCUUCAAAGCUGCUCGCUAUUUAAUAACACAGGCUCUACAAAUUCUGGAAUUUUUAUGAUUUAUUCUACAUGCAACAUUUCUGACUCAUCAUUUUCGAACCAUACAGGAACUAGUGGAAGUGAUCUCUAUAUAAAUAUCGAUUCAAGCAUAUUUGUAUAUAACACAAAUUUUAAAAAUUCUAUUUCGACUAGCUCAGGAGGAAGCAUCUCAGUAGCAGAUAGUUCAUUAUCCUGUGAAAAAUGCAAUUUCUUAAAUACAAAAGCUCCUACAGGAGCAGUACUCCAAUGCAUUUCAGGAAGCAGAUGCAAACUGAUUAGUUCUUCUAUUUUCAGUAGCUCUGCAUCCAGUACAGGAGGAGUAGUUUAUAUAUAUGACAGCACUCUGAGUGCCAAUAAAACAACUUUUAAAGAAUAUAUCAGUUCUGCAAUUGAAGCAAGCAAAUCCAAGUCUAUUGAAAUAAUUAAUUCAGCAUUUCAGAAUGGAAUGAAUGAUGAUGGUGCAGCUAUAGAUUGUGAAGAUUGCAUGAAUGUUACAAUAAUUGGAAGCAAGUUUACAAAUUUAGUAUCAUUUAAUGGUGGAGCUAUUAAAUUCAAUCAUGCUACGCUGACUGUGUCAAAUCUUAUAGCAAAUAUCGAAAGCUCUAUUUUUGAAAAUUGUGCAUCUCAAUAUGGAGGGUCUAUUUAUUCAAAUAAUAUCAACAUAGGAAUAAAAAACAGUAAAUUCUUAAACAAUUCAGCUACUAAUUUAGAUUCAAACAGUUCAUGCACAACAGGACAGGGCGGAGCUUUAUAUUUGGCAUCUACAGUUCAAGUCAGCAUUUCUAUUAAGGACUCAGUUUUUUCUGAUAAUAAUGCAUGCCUAAGUGGCGGUGCUGUACAAUGAUAUAAUUCUCAGCCAGUUAUUUCCAAUUUAUCAUUUUCAAAUAACUCAGCUUUAUAUGGAGAUGAUUUAGCCUCAUUUCCUCUUGGCUUAAAAGUUUUAAGUUAUAAAAGAAGACUUGAAGUACAAGUGCCAUCUGCUCCAGGACAAUAUUUAUCAAGCCCAUUAAUUGUUGGAAUAAUAGAUCACUAUAAUCAAACAGUUCUAACAGAGAAUACAAGCACCUGCCAACUGGAAGUAGCAGAUAGCUCGAACUAUUCAUUAUCAGAAAAAAUAUACAUAAAAAUGGUGGACGGCGACCGACCCAACCUCUCAGUGAGGAAGGCAAACUAUAUAUCUCAACGGGGGUCUCCCCAGUAAGGCGCUCUCAGCGAGUGGAUCUGGCAUAACGACACGAACAAAGUUUGCGUAAAAAUAGGGCAACUUGGCAAGCUGGAAAUGGAAGCAUUCAGCGAAGACAGUAUGAGCUGUCCCUUGAUCAUUACUUCUACCAAGAAACCGGGGGUUUCGGCUGGGCUUGAAGCGGUUGUGCCUCCCCACCUGUAGAACACAAAUAAGCGGGGACUUUAAACACACAGCACAAAUCUAAUCUAAUCAUUAUCAGGAAAAACUAAAGUUCAAGCAUCUUCAGGAGUUUAUAACUUUAGCGAAGUUAUAGUAACUGGAGAUCCUGGAAGCAAAGUGGGGUUUACUCUUUCUUCAUCGAUUAUUUCAAGCAGUUUACCAUCAGAUUCACUUGAGUUUGAACUUCGAGAAUGUGAGGUAGGCGAAGCUUUAAUCGCUAAGACAUGCCAAAUUUGUGAAUCUGGAACUUAUAAUCUCAAUGCGGGUAGAUCUUGUAAAGAUUGCCCAACCUCUGCUAAGUGCUAUGGGAAAAAUAAUAUUUAUCCCAAAGCAGGCUAUUGAAGAGUAAGCAACUUGACCGACAAUUUUUUGAAAUGCCCAAACUCCAAUGCAUGCUUAGGAGGAAUUGAGUCUAAAAAUUCUGUAGGAGCUUGCAAAAAAGGCUAUCAAGGAAAUUUAUGCCAGUCUUGUGAAGAAGGUUAUUCAAGAAAUGGCGAUGAUAAAUGCUCGAAAUGUCCUAAUCCAGCCACAAAUGCUUUAAUAUUAGUAGGGAUGAUUACCCUGGCUUUGUUUAUUGUACUUAUUAUGACGAGGUCAUCUAUUAAAUCAGCAUAUAAACCGAAGUCUCUUACAUCAGUUUAUAUCAAAAUUUUUAUGAAUUAUUUACAACUUGUAGUUGUUACAGCUUCUUUCAAUUUAAAUUGACCUCAGCUUGUACUGCAGUUAUUUUCGAUUCAAAAUACAGCAGGAAGCAUGACUGACCAAAUAUUUUCAGUUGAUUGCUACUUGCAAGGGCAGAAAUCAAAGCCAUUUUUUUCAAAAUUGAUAUUUAUGGCUGUUCUCCCUUUGAUUUUGGCAAUUGUGACUAUGAUGUUUUGGGUUGGGUAUUAUCUUUGUGUUUUAGAAACAAAGUACCUUAAAAAUAAAUUUUUAGGCUCAUUAGUAGUCCAGCUCUUUCUAAUACAGCCUUCACUUGUGAAAUACAAUUUUUCAAAUUUUAACUGUAUGGAAAUAGAAUCAGGCUCUUAUUACCUUAGAUCUGACUUAGACAUUAAAUGUUGGGAUGCUGAGCAUAUUACUUAUUCUUUGACUGUUGCUCUUCCAAGUAUUAUAAUUUGAUGCAUUGCAAUACCAACUCUGUGUUUAUGAUCUAUACAUAUGCAUAGAGAACAGUUAAAUACAAUAGAACUAAAACUUCAAUUUGGCUUUUUAUAUCUUGGCUUCAAAGAUAAAACUUAUUAUUGGGAAUUUACUAUUCUCUAUAGAAAAAUACUGAUUAUCUGUUGCUCGGUUUUUCUGGGAUCUAUAUCAACACGAGUUCAAGCAUUAACUGUUUUCUUUUUGCUGCUUUUUUGCUUUUUCCUACAUCGCAAAAUUGAGCCAUAUUGUACAAAUCAGCUCAAUUCAUUGGAAACUAAAUCAAUUCUUGUAUCUGGACUGACUAUUUAUAGUGGUUUAUACUAUUUGACAGAUGAUUUGGCAUACUCUGCAAGAGUUUUUCUAUUUAUAAUAAUUGUAUCAGCUAACUUGUUUUUCUUAGCCCAUUGAAUUUCGAGCAUGACUGGAGUAGAGAGAUAAUAUUAGAGGUGGUUGCUGGGGAUUAUUCCAGCCCCUACCCUUACACGGAUUAGAUUUGCGCUUCAGUGGCGUUAAGCACUAAUCCCAGCUUACGUCUUUUUCUAUCGACGUCAUCAAAAAUGAUGGCGUCGACAUCUUUCGGAGAAGAUUCACCCAAUUAUUGGACAAAAAUUGCCGCAAAGGACUCUUUUAACACCUGGUAGUGCUCAGAGUACGAAAGAGUCGUCCAAAGCCUCUUCUGAACUGCCUCCGCAGCUAAUGCUCCUCCAGUGUGCCCGAUUGGUGUUGAGCAGCCCGGUCUUCUCGUUUGUGGGUCCCCACCCCAGAAUUGCCUCCCAUCCAACUCCGUGCCCUUCGAGGCACUUUUUGACCGUAGGCUCGAAUUCUGGAAAUUGUUUAUUCUGUUGGUCCUACUCAGCAUUUGCCAUCAUGAAGUCGAUAUUUCUAUAACUGGAGUAGGGAUCUCAAUUUUGUACUCAAAAAUCAAAUUUCUUACUCCCCCUCCAUAAGCGAGCAAAGCCUGUGAAAAAUCCAUUGUAAACAAAAUAUUUUAAUAGAAAAUUUUUUAUAAAAUAAAAAUUCUGAUAUAUAAGUGAUAAAUUAUUAUAAUGAAAACCAUUAACUAAUUCUGUUAAUUUUAAAUAGCUUGCAUUUUAAAACAUUAAUUUUGCAAAUUAAAUUAAUUUACAAAUUGAAAUUUCUUAAAAAAAUUAGCCUCCUCUGUAAGAGAACACAAUUUUUUUUUCGCUCAUGGAGGAGAUGAGCUAGGAGAAUGAUGCAUGGAACAAGAAUCGAAAAAUGGAUUCAGAGUAUUUCUCCUAUCAAUAUAAGCGAUCAAGAAACAGACUUAGAUAAAAAUUCUAUCACCAAAGAAAUUCAGAAUAUUUCGAUGAAUUCUAUUAUUACCUAUAACACUGAAGAAGGAGACUCACCAGGACUGAAAAAUUGGAAAAGGUUAAAAUUUAGUGAAAUCAACCAAAGUCCAGAAGUAUCAGUAUUCGAAAUUAAGGCAAUUAAUGUAGAAUGUGAUCAAAGUCGUGAAAGAGAUAGCAUUUCUAUUUUAAAAGAAGCUGAUGAUAUUUCCAUUUUUGAAAAAGCACCAUAUCCAACUUUAAGGGAGGUAGAAGAAGAUCAAUUAGAGGAGUAA